AUGUCCUCCAUGCGCAACGCCGUCCAACGGCGCCAGCACCGCGAACGAGGACAACUCCAAGGCCGUGAAAAAUGGGGUAUCUUAGAGAAGCAUAAGGACUACUCCCUCCGCGCGCGCGACUACAACAACAAGAAGGCCAAGUUGAAGCGCCUCGAAGAGAAGGUCCGCGACCGCAACCCCGAUGAAUUCGCCUUCGGCAUGAUGUCCUCUGGCACGGGACGGGCGGGCAAACACGGCGCCUCGAACCGGGCCUCCGCGGCGGGCAUGAGCCACGAUGCAGUAAAACUGCUGAAGACGCAGGACGCCGGGUAUCUGCGCACCGUGGGGGAGCGGGUACGUCGGCAGAUGGAGAAGUUGGAGCAGGAGGUGCGGUUGCAGGAUGGGUUGCAGGAGAUCUUUGGGAAGAAGGACAAAGAAGAAGAGGAGGAGAUGGAUGAGGAUGAGGAUGAUGAGUUUGGGUUUGAUUUUGGGGAUGAGGAUGUGAAGAAGCCGAAGAAGAUGGUGUUUGCGGAUGAUCAGCUGGAGCAGAGAUCGUUGCAGAAGCAGAAAUUGAGGGACGAGGAAGAUGAAGAGGAUGACGAUGAUGAUGACGAGGAUGAUUCGUUUGGAGGACUGCAGAAACGCCAGCAGAAGAAGUCGCGGAAAGAAAUCGAGGCGGAACGUCAGGCUCUAGUAGAGGCGAGGCGCAUGCGCAAGACGAAAAAGCGAGCGGCCGAGGCGCGCCAGAACAAGUUGAAGGCGCUGCAGAAACAGCAUGCUGAUAUCACGGCAGCGUUGAACGAGUUGGACUGGCAACGAGCUCGCAUGGAGAACUCGGUGGGAGGUACGAAUAAGGAUGGGAUCAAGUGGAAGGUCCGCGAGCGCAAGAAGUGA